AUAAAGAAAAUAUUCAGUGAAAUCAUCAUCUUCCAUAUUGGUGAUCCUCAUGAUCGUUCAUGUCAUAAUUAACAGUUACUAAUAUUUCGAGAGGAAAGAGCUUUCGUAUAGUUAUUGUUGCGAGUCCACAUCAAUCAAUCAAAGUCAUUCUGCGCCGAAAUAGAGAAGAUAAAUUUUCGCGUUUGUGGUGUUUUUUCACAAAGAGCAUAAGCAAAUAAGUACUACGGCGCCUCAGAUUUGUACGAUAGUUUUGGCAAAUGGCGUCGAUUUUUUGGCCCUCGCAGCUAAAUGGAGAGAAUAACAAGAAAACACGGGGGAAAUCAGUUUCGGUAAAGCUCAUUUUUGUACUAUGCAUUGCAAGCUUUCUCUCGGGAUCACUUUUUACGUUGCAAACUAGGUCAUCGCGACGUCCUGCAGAUCAUCAGGUCAUCGCUACCAUAAACCCUGCUCAUUUGGAAAACAUCGAAAAAUCUACACAAGAGUGUGAUCACAAGAAAAGAAAAUUGGUUGAAAAAAAUUCGGUAGAUGUUAUGGGGGAAGUAAUUAAGACGCAAGAAGCCAUCCACAGAUCACUUGACAAAACUAUAUCAACAUUGGAGAUGGAAUUGGCUGCAUCUCGGGCGAGCCAAAUGGGUGGACAAGUAGCUUCAAAUCACAGUCGUCUGCAGAAAGCCUUCGUCGUUAUAGGAAUUAAUACCGCUUUCAGUAGCAGGAAACGAAGAGACUCUCUUCGAGAAACAUGGAUGCCUAAAGGAGAGAAAUUGGAAAAAAUGGAGAAAGAGAAAGGAAUUGUGAUACGAUUUGUGAUAGGACACAGUUCAAAACCAGGGGGAGUUCUUGAUAGAGCUAUCGAUGCAGAAAAUGCAGAGCACGGAGAUUUCUUUCGACUGAACCAUGUCGAAGGCUACCACGAGCUUUCUACCAAAACUCGAUUGUAUUUCUCAACGGCUAUCUCAAUCUGGGAUGCAGAAUUCUACGUUAAGGUGGAUGAUGAUGUCCAUCUAAAUUUGGGUACGCUGGUGAGCACGCUUUCUAAGUACAGAUCAAAACCUCGGAUUUACAUUGGAUGCAUGAAGUCCGGACCAGUUCUCGCACAAAAAGGAGUUAGGUAUCAUGAGCCUGAGUACUGGAAAUUUGGGGAAGAAGGUAACAAAUACUUCAGGCAUGCAACUGGUCAAAUUUAUGGAAUUUCAAAGGAUCUAGCCACUUAUAUAUCAAUCAACUCGGGCAUCCUGCACAGAUACGCUAACGAGGAUGUUUCGAUGGGUUCGUGGUUCAUUGGCUUGGAAGUACAACACGUGGAUGAACGGUCCAUGUGUUGUGGAACCCCUCCGGAUUGUGAAUGGAAGAAGCAAUCGGGGAACAUGUGCGUGGCAUCGUUUGAUUGGCCGUGCAGCGGAAUAUGCAAAUCAGUAGAGAGGAUGAAAGCCGUGCACAAUGCGUGUGGGGAAGUAGAGGGAGCUUUGUGGGAUAGUAAUUUACAUUUUUAAUUAAUGUAUUUGAAGAUAUGGGGAUUUUUGUGUGUUCAAAUUUUCCCCAUGGCCAUUAAUGAAAAAGGAGAGAAAUUUCAAUAAUACAUAAAAAGAAGCAAAAUAUGAUAUCUCAUUCACUAGAAAUGAAUAAGAAUUAACUUUAAUGUUAAUAACUUGGGAAUAUUUUCUGAUUGUUCGACAUUAUU